AUGUAUUCCAAAAAUUUGUGGCUCGUAUUUUGCUUUGUGCUACCGGCACUGGGCAGCCCGGCAACGACGGAGCAGCUCCGGCAAUGGAUAGUCGCCAACCGGAAGAGCUUGCCGGAUGGUGUUGGCGAUGUAUGCCCGUUCAACGCGGAUCCGCUGAUCCUGACCGGCGACUUUGCCUACUGCCGCCCAUCGACCCUUGGAGAUUGCCCCGUUGGCUAUCUGUGCGACCAGAGCUUUGUGCUUGGAAGAUCGAUUUGCUGCCGCGACACCCGGCCCAAGCAGCCCACCCCCAACCGUCCGGCUACCGCCUCGUCCGCCCGCCCGCCGUUCGUCUGGAAUACCGUAACACCAGCCGUGCCCGGGCAGCCAGGCUCUUCCCAGACCAAAAACCCGCUGACGACCAAGAACACCCCGUGGUACAUCAAAAAGGACAGGACCGGCUGGACAUCGGCUUAUAACCGUGUCACCCCGACCAAGGAAACAUUUGCCCCGUCGACUGAACGCUCGACUACUCCUGCCACCACCACGACCACCACAUCAACCACCACCCCCGCAACCACAACCACCACCACGACCACCACCACAACGACGACCGCCGCCCCCACGACGACCACCACCACGACUGCCGCCCCGGUCCCAAAGAAGGCUAACCCUUGGGGACGUCUGUGGACCACUACCUCGCCGCCUGUUUCUACCGUCAACGUCUCCGUGUUGCAGGCCGGAUCGAUCCGCACAUUAAAGGAUGGCCAGCAAGAAAUGGUGUCCGCCAUCACCCUGGUCAACGACAACGGCUUCUACCUGUUGAUCGACACCGGCUCGUCCUCCGACACCGAGCGGCUCCUCCACAGCCUGGCGAAGGAGGAGGUGACGCUCGACCAGAUCGGCGCCAUCGUCGUCACCCAUGCCCACCCGGGCGUCAUGGGCAACCUGAACUUCUUCGGCCAGAAGCCCAUCCUGUUCCACUCGCUCGAGUUCAUCGGCCGUCACGUCACGCCCACCGAGUUGAAGGAUCGACCAUACCGAAAGGUCUCGCAAAAUGUCGAGGUCUGGAAGACGCCCGGCCACACCCAGCACGAUCUGACCGUCCUCGUUCACAACGUGGCCGGCUACGGAACGAUGGCCGUCACCGGCGACCUCAUCCCCAACGAGCAGCUCAUCGCUGAAAAGCGCGACAUCAUGUCCGAAGAGGGCGUGUGGGACUCGGCAAUCAAACGCCAGAACGCCAACCUGAUCAUCUGCAUGGCCGACUGGAUCGUGCCGGGCCACGGCACGCCAUUCCGCGUCCUUCCACACUACAGACAAAAGGCCGGCUGCACCCGGCUACUCCAGCAGCGCUACAGCCUCAACCAGUUUGCG